AUGAGUGCUAUUCUUUCUGCGGAUGAUUUGAAUGAUUUCAUAUCGCCUGGCGUCGCAUGCAUAAAGCCAGUCGAGACCUUGCCUGCAAAAGGCGAGGCAGAUGAUAGCGGCUAUUAUGAAGUCACUACAGAGGAUAAAAUCGCAGCCGAGAACCUCCCCCCGGCUCAAAUUUCACUGACCGACUGCCUUGCUUGUUCCGGAUGCGUUACCUCCGCCGAAGCAGUACUCAUUUCGUUGCAAUCUCAUGCGGAAGUGUUGAAUACUCUUGAUGCGUAUCCUGAACUUCGAAUAGCCGACCUUCCGAAUGGGUCCCAGGAUACCGAGUUGGAGAAUGGCCGGAUAUAUGUAGUGAGCGUCAGCCCUCAAGUGCGCGCGAGUUUGGCCGCAACAUAUGGAAUAUCUGAGCUUCAGGCAGGCAAUAUGAUUGAGCAAUUCUUUUGUGGUCCACAAGGGUUAAGAGCCGGUGGCAAACGCCGUAACGGGUUUGCUUGGAUGGUUGAUACAAACGUGAUGCGAGACGUUGUUCUGGAAGUCAGUGCAAAUGAAGUCGCGGAGUCAUUGUCAAACUCUGAAUCCGCUAUUGCAACUGACAGUACCGACUUUCCUACGCCCCGAAGACCAAUCCUUUCAUCUGCCUGUCCAGGUUGGAUUUGCUAUGCCGAAAAGACCCAUCCACAUGUCUUGCCACACCUCUCCCGAUUAAAAUCUCCCCAGGCCCUAACAGGGACAUUUAUCAAAACUAUUCUCAGCAAAACACUUGAUGUCCACCCUUCAAGAAUAUGGCAUUUGGCCGUCAUGCCUUGCUUUGAUAAAAAGCUGGAAGCGAGUCGGCAAGAGCUAACAGAUGUCGCCUGGCACAGCCCAAAAAGGGACACACUGGCUGCCUCUGCGACGGGCAAGCCAGUCCGUGAUGUUGAUUGUGUGAUUACAUCGAGAGAACUCCUCAUGCUCGCCUCUUCAAGGAAUAUCUCGCUUUCCAAACUCCCUCUAUCUCCUCUUCCUCCCUCCUACCUUCCAGAUUUCCCCGAACCUAAUAUAGCAUCUUUCCUCUUUCCCAAAAGCCAUAUCUCCAAUCAGUCUCUUUCUUCUGGCCCUUCAGGGGGUUAUCUCCACCACAUUUUAACGACUUAUCAAAAACAUCACCCAAAUAGCACUAUCCAGGCCCAACGUGGUCGAAAUGCUGACGUUGUCGAUUAUACACUUAUCUCAAACAGCACGGGGCAACCUAUUAUAAAAGCCGCCCGCUACUACGGUUUCAGAAACAUUCAAAACCUAGUCCGAAAACUACGGCCAGCGCGAGCAUCAAGACUCCCUGGAGCUAAACAGCCCACGGCUCGCAGACUAGGAUCGUCCACCGCAUCUGCAGGCGGCGGCAUCUCUGACUACUCAUAUAUCGAAGUUAUGGCCUGCCCAGGCGGAUGUACCAACGGUGGAGGCCAGAUCCGAGUCGAAGACGCAAGAGAAGCUUCGCAUUCUAGCACCUUACCGCCUAAUUCAUCCCAGCAGCUAAAACCGAUGCCACAUGAACAGCGAGCCUGGCUUGCACGCGUUGAUGAGGCGUAUUAUUCUGCCGACACAGAUUCAAGCGACGACGGCGAUUCUAUGGUUAUUGAUCAACCAUCUAUGCCCCCCUCGAAAUCUGACGAUAUCCUGUCGAUGUUGCGAUACUGGUCUCAGAUGAUAGAAAUUCCGAUUCACAAUCUGGUAUAUACUACGUAUCGCAAGGUUGAGAGUGAUGUUGGGAAAAACAAGAAUGGAGCUGGAAACACAGCCCUUGUCGCUGAGCUCGCUGGCAAGAUUGGAGGAGGCUGGUGA